AUGGGGCUCUGUCUCCGCUCCCGCCUUGGCCGGCGGCGACGCUGCGGGGGCCAAGUCCGGGCCCCCUCCCGCCGGGGGGGCUGCGAGGGCCCCCCCCCAGGCCUGGGGCUCUCCCCCCGCCCCCCCCCGGCAUCCCCCGGUGCUGGCCCCCGGGCGCGGUGGGGACGCUGCUGCGGGCGCUCGGGCGCCGCGACGGCCCCGACACGCCCCGGCAGCCCCCCCCACCCCACAGCUUCCGAGAGAAGACCUUCCGGCGGGGGGGGGCCUGCGCCGCCUGCGGGGACCCCCUCGGCCCCCAGGGCCUCGUCUGCAGAGUCUGCAAAGUCACCAGCCACAAGAGAUGCGAGGCGAAGGUGGCAUCGCCGUGCCAAGCUCUGCCCCCCCCCCGAGCUGAGGAGGAACACGGCCCCCGUGCGCCGCAGCGAGCACCUGGGCUCCACCAAGUCCCUCAAUGGCAGCCGGCAGCGCAACACCCUGCCCAGGAGCGUCAGCCUGGAGCAGGUGCUGCAGCGCCCCUUCGCCUUCGACCUGACCUACGUCACCGAGCGCAUCAUCUGCCUGCGCUUCCCGGGGGGGCUGGAGGAGCCCCGCUACCGCCGGCACCUGCGCGAGGUGGCCACCAUGCUGGCCUCCCGCCACCGCCACCACUACACGAUCUUCAACCUGUCGGAGAAGCGCCGGGACAUCACCCGCCUCAACCCCAAGGUGCAGGAUUUCGGGUGGCCGGACCUGCACGCCCCCCCCCUGGACAAGCUGUGCUCCAUCUGCAAGGCCAUGGAGGGCUGGCUGCGGGCGCACCCCCAGCACGUCGCCGUGCUGCACUGCAAGGGCAGUAAGGGCAAGACGGGCGUCAUCGUGGCAGCCUACAUGCACUACAGCAAGGUGUCGGCCAGCGCCGACCAGGCCCUGAGCACCCUCACCAUGAGGAAGUUCUGCGAGGAGAAGGUGGCGGCCGCCCUGCAGCCCUCCCAGAGGAGCAACAUGACCACGGUGUUUGGACACCUCCAGCCUUCUCAGGUGACGGACACGGUCCUCGUCGCCAUUGAGGCCUUGACAGCAGAUGACACCUGUGACAGGCAGACGGGCAGCAAAAUCCUAGCCAUGGCUGUGCUAGACCCCAGUUACUGGCUGACGGAUGUGCCGAAGUUCAUGACGUACAUCCACAAAAAUGUGGAGUGCAUCCGCACGGAGCCAGCCCGCCGCAGCCUGGACUCACUCCUUCUCCUAAUGACCCAUUGGUACCCCGGGGAAGUGGUCAGGAGCCUCUUGAAGAUCUCACCAACGUGUGACAGGUACUAG